AUUCUUUUUUAAUGUAUACAGAAUACUCAUAUAUGCAAUUUAUUCCAUUCAAAUUCGAGCUGUGUCUUCAUAUUUUUGCGUAUUCAUUGCAAGUUCAGUUAGCUUCUUCGCUUCUUAGAAGUGCAAAUUUCCAUAAUACAUGUGUGGCCCGCUUACUAUGUCUGGGUUGUCCGUGAAAUACUAUUCAAACUACAUUAUCUAUGAGCAAAGGCAUUGUGAAUGUGGAUUCAACUUGAGGCCAAAAUGUGCCAACACUGACCAAUCUACCGAGAAGUGGAAAAAAGACAGCCUCUACAUCAACAAAGGUGGAAAAUUGAGACAUUUCAACCAUAAAAAGGUCUCAAGACAAAAAGGCGGCUCGUUGAGAGGGCAGGGAUGGAAGUAUGGCUCGGGAUUUGUAGACGGGGUCUUCCCCGUCUUGAGCCCUAUCGCGCUAGAGAUACUCAACUUCGUGCAGAAGGAAGGGGAUGUUAGCAGAAUCUGGUAUUCUUUGGACACUCUGCCUCCUACUAAUACUACUUGGGAUGACUUGAUCAGUAUCGCGGUUCGCCUUCGUUUGAACAAGAAAUGGGACCCGAUCAUAGUGUUGUGCGAAUGGAUGUCGCAACGGAGCACGUUCAAGCCCGAUAUUAUCUGCUACAAUCUGCUCAUAGAGGCUUACGGUCAGAAGCUACACUUCAAGAAGGCCGAAACCAUCUACUUGGACCUCGUUGAAGCACGUUGCAUCCCUACACAGGACACAUACGCGCUUCUUGUCAAGGCGUAUUGCAAGUGCGGGAAGAUGGAGCACGCUGAGGCCGUGUUUGCUGAGAUGCGAAGGAACGGCUUUCCUCCCAGCACAAUUGUUUAUAAUGCAUAUAUUGAUGGGCUAAUGAAAGCAAGAAAAUCUCAGCAUGCUCUUGCUGUAUACCAAAAGAUGAAGAGAGAAAAUUGUGUACCAAAUGUUGAGACUUACACCUUGCUGAUCAACUUAUAUGGGAAGGAUAAUAAAUCUUAUAUGGCAUUAGAGGUGUUUCAAGAGAUGAGAGCUAACAAAUGUAAGCCUAAUAUUUGCACAUACACUGCUUUGGUGAAUGCUUGUGCAAGAGAUGGUUUGUGUGAGAAAGCAGAGGAGAUUUUUGAGCAGAUGCAAGAGGCAGGGCUUGAGCCUGAUGUCUAUGCUUACAAUGCUCUCAUGGAAGCCUACAGCCGUGCAGGUUUCCCUUAUGGCGCAGCGGAAAUCUUUUCACUCAUGCAACAAAUGGGGUGCGAGCCAGAUAGGGCUUCGUAUAACAUAAUGUUGGAUGCGUAUGGUCGAGCCGGUCUCCAUAAGGGUGCACAAGCGGUCUUUGAUGAGAUGCAUCGCCUCGGGAUAGAGCCGACGAUGAAAUCACACAUGCUGUUGAUCUCGGCCUACUCGAGGGCGGGCGACUUCUCAAGGUGCGAGGAGAUUGUGAGGCGGAUGCAGGAGUCGGGGCUCAAGCCGGAUACGUUCGUCCUGAACGCCAUGAUGAACUUGUACGGCCGGCUAGGGCAUCUUGAGAAAAUGGAGGAGGUGCUGGCCGCGAUGGAGGGCGGGGGCGGGUGCAAGCCCGACAUAAGCACGUACAACAUCGCGAUAAAUGCAUACGGGCGCGCGGGGUUCGUGGAGAGGAUGGAAGAGGUGUUUGCGUCGAUCGCGGCGAAGAAUUUGACUGCGGAUGCGGUGACGUGGACGUCUAGGAUUGGAGCAUACUCUAGGAAAAAACAAUAUAUUAGGUGCAUUGAGAUAUUUGAAGAUAUGAUUGAUAGUGGUUGUUAUCCAGAUAGUGGGACUGCUAGAGUGUUGCUCUCUGCUUGCUCUAGUGAUGAGCAAGUUGAGCAAGUUACAAAUGUGAUUAGAACCAUUCAUAGGUAUAGGGGGGAGCAUACGGCCGGUUCGGUCGACUAUCGAACCGAACCAUCUGAAGUGAUGGAUCGAGUUAUAUGAUAUUUUUACAUUGGUUAUCACCUUUAAUUUGAUCGAACACUGAAACCGAUUUUGGCCUA